AUGCCUUUGGCAAACUCUUCAGAUCCGUGGCGAAUGCAAAGUGCUGUAGAUGGAACGAUUAACAAUACAGAGCAACCUGCCAAUAGUCUUCCAAUGGUUGUGGAAAAUUCGGCAGAAUCACGUCAGGCAUCUACAACUGAAAGCCAUGACUCCAAUGAAAUUAACUAUGAAAGAGAAAUAGAACUGCAAGAUGUCGUUAAAGAAGGGCAUGAGAAGGCAGAUCCAUCGCAAUUUGAACUGCUCAAAGUACUUGGUGAAGGUUCAUUUGGUAAAGUUUUUUUAGUUAGAAAGGUCUCUGGUGCUGAUGCAGGCACACUCUAUGCCAUGAAGGUACUUAAAAAGGCCACAUUAAAAGUGAGAGACAGAGAAAGAACCAAGAUGGAAAGGAACAUAUUAGUUGAAAUGGGACACCCAUUUAUUGUUAAAUUGCAUUAUGCAUUUCAAACUGCUGGGAAACUUUACUUAAUAUUAGAUUUUUUACGGGGUGGAGACUUGUUUUCCAGAUUGAGCAAAGAGGUGAUGUUUACUGAAGAAGAUGUCAAAUUCUAUUUGGCUGAGUUGGCUUUGGCUUUGGAACAUGUGCACAAACUGGGAAUUAUAUACAGGGAUCUCAAACCAGAAAAUAUAUUAUUAGAUGCUGAUGGUCAUAUAGCUCUAACUGAUUUUGGUUUGUCAAAAUUACCACCAAGUAGUGAUAAGGCUUACAGUUUCUGUGGCACUGUGGAGUAUAUGGCACCUGAGGUUGUUAACAGAAGAGGACAUACAUUUGCUGCUGACUGGUGGUCUUUUGGUGUACUUAUGUUUGAAAUGCUUACUGGGAAUUUACCUUUCCAUGGCUCAACUAGACAUGAAACUAUGACCCAAAUAUUAAAAGCUAAACUUGGUAUGCCAUCCAAUCUUAGUGAAGAGGCGCAAUCUUUACUUAGAGCUUUAUUCAAAAGAAAUCCUCAGAACAGAUUGGGUGCCGGCCCUAAUGGUAUAGAAGAUAUAAAGAAUCAUGAAUUCUUUUCAAACAUAGACUGGGAGGCGUUGCUCAAAAAAGAGGUCGUGCCACCAUUCCGACCCGCGGUGUCUAGAGCUGACGACGCAUUUUACUUUGACUCGGAAUUUACUUGCCGCACACCAAGGGAUUCGCCUGGAGUUCCGGCCUCGGCUAAUGCUCACGAAUUAUUUAGAGGCUUCAGUUUUGUCGCUCCCUGUUUACUUACAGAUGAAAAUAACAAAACUGUCACUAACCAGAAUCAAAAUCAUGUAGCGCAGAACAAUAAAACGUCAACUGAAGAAUUUUGGUCUGGAUUUGUUAAUAGGAACAAUUUCUUUGACGAAUACAGGUUGAUGGGUGAAUUGGGUACUGGAUCGUUUUCAGUUGUCCGCCUUUGCGAACAUAAAACAUCCAGGAUUCAAUAUGCAGUCAAGAUCAUGGACAAAUUACAAUAUGACCCACGAGAAGAGAUUGAAAUUCUGUUAAGGUACAGCCAACAUCCUCACAUUAUCACUCUGCGAGGGGUGUACGAAGAAGGUGGUCGUAUACUUGCCGUCACAGAACUGUGUCGCGGCGGCGAACUAUUAGAACAUAUCACACAACGCCGGUACUUGCCGGAACACGAAGCCGCGCCCAUACUUAGAAAUGUUCUACAAGCGGUGCAUUAUUUGCACAGGCAUACCGUUGUUCACAGGGAUAUAAAGCCAUCGAACAUACUGUUCGCGACAUCAGAGAAGAGGCCUGAGGACAUUCGCUUAGUUGAUUUUGGGCUAGCGAAACAGCUUCGAGCUGAAAACGGUUUACUUAUGACUCCUUGUUACACUGCCAACUUCGUCGCACCCGAAGUUCUAAAGCGGGCGGGCUAUGACGCAGCGUGCGAUAUUUGGAGUUUAGGUGUUUUAGCCUACAUUAUGCUCUCGGGUAGGACACCGUUUGCAUCAACUGGAGACGACACUCCUGAAGCAAUUUUGGCGAGAAUCGAGUCUGGAAAAGUGGAGUUAUCUAGCGGCGUGUGGCGCGGCGUUUCGUCGGAGGCGCGCGGCUGCGUCCGCCGCAUGCUGCAGCUGGAGCCGUCGCUGCGGCCGCGCGCCGCCGACCUGCUGCGGGAGCCCUGGCUGCAGCCCGGCCACCGCGCCGCCCCCGUACCGCGAGACGCUAUAGGCGAGACGGAUGCGCCGCCCGCGCCCGCAGACUUGAGACGCGCGGUCGAUCUCACCUUCCAGGUAUGUAGAGGAGCCGAUAAUUAG